AUGUCCUACUUUUUCUCCACACCGGUCGAUAUCGACAUUGUACUGGACGAUGGAGCUGACAGGCAGAUGGUGGAUAUGAAGACGGAGAAGGGUCGUCGUGAGAAGGCGCCGCUGUACAAAGAUGGAGAGUCGGUCAAGGGCGGUGUCACAAUACGUCCAAAGGAUGGGAAACGGUUAGAACAUACGGGUAUCAAGGUCCAGUUCAUUGGCACAAUUGAGAUGUUCUUCGAUAGAGGCAACCAUUACGAAUUCCUAUCCCUCGGGCAAGAACUGGCAGCGCCAGGCGAUCUCCAGCAUCCCCAAACGUUCGACUUCAAUUUCAAGAAUGUCGAGAAACAAUACGAGUCCUAUAGCGGCAUCAACGUCAGACUCCGUUACUUUGUCCGCGUCACCGUGUCCCGGCGAAUGGCAGAUGUGAUCAGAGAGAAAGAUAUAUGGGUCUACUCGUACCGGAUACCGCCCGAGAUGAAUAGCUCGAUCAAGAUGGAUGUCGGCAUUGAGGACUGUUUGCACAUAGAAUUCGAAUACUCGAAGUCGAAAUAUCAUUUGAAGGAUGUUAUUGUCGGACGUAUAUACUUCCUCUUGGUCAGGCUGAAGAUCAAACAUAUGGAGUUGUCUAUUAUAAGGAGGGAGACUACGGGUGCGGCUCCUAAUCAGUAUAAUGAGAGUGAGACGCUUGUGCGGUUCGAGAUCAUGGAUGGCUCGCCAUCGAGAGGAGAGACCAUACCUAUCAGACUAUUCCUUGGUGGAUUUGACUUGACUCCUACAUUCCGGGAAGUCAACAAGAAGUACUCAACCAGAUAUUACUUGAGCCUUGCCCCAGAAAUUGCAGCAAACGCCGGCCAGCAAACGCAAAUUACAGGUGCUCCUCCCCCAGAGCGAGUACAAGCACCACAAUCGCCACAAGCACUGCAGGCACCACAAGCACCACAAGCAUGA